AUGUCUCGAUGGCCGGUGGCGCGCUCGCUGGCACUGCGGGACGCGCUGGACCAUGUGAGCCGUGGUGAGCCGUGGCGUAUCGCCUACACCACACACCAAGACGGCGUCCGUCUCUCUGGGCCCUCGCCUGCCCACAUCGCCGUCCUGGACGCCUCGUUCAAUCCACCUACCCGCGCCCACGCCGCCCUGGCGUCUCUGCCACGCACCCCAUCACAGCCGUUCGAUGCGCACCUCCUCCUCUUUUCGGUGCGUAACGCUGAUAAGGGCCGCGGCCGCGCAGGCGACGCGAGCCCCAUCGAGCGACUCGAAAUGAUGGAGUUGCUGGCGCACGAACUCGAGGCCCAGCACCUGCAGGUCGUCGUCGCGCUGGUGGACGAGCCGCUCGUGUUUGCCAAGUCCACGCUCGUGCAUGCACACAUGCACCUCUCCGUGCCAUAUCGCCUGUACUGGCUUGUUGGCAGCGACACCCUCACUCGCGUAUUCCAUCCACGGUACUAUGACUCGGAGGCGCACCUCGAGGCGUGUUGCGAGCGCUUCUUCGGCGUGCAAGGCUCGCGCAUGAUCUGCGCCGAGCGAUCCGCCGCCUCCGUGCAGGGCACGAUCACCACCCCCACGACAGCGGCGUCGGACGCAUGGCAGUUCGUCCAUGCGCCAGGUCCUGCUCGGACAUGGUACGAGCGCGGCGCCAUUGAGCUGCGUCCGAUCAGCACAGACGCAGCUCAGCUCUCUUCGACGGCCGUUCGUCGCUUCCUGCACGAGGCUGCACCCGAGGCGCAGCGGCCGCAGCUCUGCACCAUGGUGCCCCCCUCGAUCGCAGACUACCUUAUCUCUCAUUCCAUGUAUCAUUAA